AAACUUAGCAUAAAUUAAGAAAACAAAGAAAAUUUUAACUACUUCAAGAUAACAAAUGUAGUUAUAAAGAGAUUGCAAAUGUUAAAUAUCAGUAUAGUGCGAGCUUUACACUAAAGAGUUAGUGUUCAUACUUAUAAAUGCAAUCAUUUUAAUGAUUACGGAAAAGUUAAACAGAAAUCUGUGAAUUUUGUUAUUGUUAGAAAAUUUCUUAUCAUUCUUGUUAUCAACAAAAUAAGUGCGUAAUUAGUAUUUAAAUAAUGGAAUCUCCAUCGAGGAACCCUCUCUUACUCACUCACGAUAAUGAAGAGUUGAGUGACAGUGAAGCUGGUGAUAACAAUCCAGAAAAUCGUUCUGGAUCUCAACAAGAGAUUAAAGAAUCUUUCAGAAGAAGUUCAAGCAUGCCUGUUGAUAGAUUCAACUUCGCUUAUAUUGCAUUCUAUAUUUUAGGAAUGGCAACUUUAUUGCCAUGGAACUUUUUCAUGACAGCUGAAGAAUAUUGGCAAUAUAAAUUCCGUAACCUGACAAGUAACAAUACUGACAUCUUAACACCACGACAGAUUCAGUUCCAGCCUGACCUUGCUAUGUGUUCAGCAAUUCCCACCACACUUUUCUUAAUACUCAACGCAUUUUAUAGUCACAAGGUCUCACUUAAGCUUCGCAUGGUUGGAUCAAUUGUUAUAAUUCUUUUGCUGUUUUCUGUAACAACAGCGUUUGUUAAAGUCGACACUGAUGGUUUUCAGAAUCCUUUCUUUUAUUUCACUCUGUUGAUAGUUUUUAUUGUCAACAUUUUCUCAGCAAUUUUAUCUGGAGGAUUGUUUGGAAUCGCUGGAAUGUUUUCGAGUGAAUAUAUAAGUGCAGUGAUGAGUGGACAAGCGCUUGGUGGGGUUUUUACAGCACUGGCUGAAGUCAUUUCUAUUACAUUUACUACAGCACCAACAGUCAGUGCUUUUAUCUACUUCAUGGUCGGAACAGGAAUGCUCGUCCUUUCACUCUUCCUUUAUUUAUUCGUCUCGAAGACUCUUUUCUUCAAGUUCCACGUUAAUCAAUCGCAUGUCAAGGCAAACCAUUUCUCUGUUAACACCGACACCAGUCCUUUAUCAUCGCCAGCUGUUACAGCAACAACACUCGCGACAAUCAAUCGAAAUUAUCUUCAACCAAAUUGGCGUAAAAUUUAUGAUAAAAUUUGGGUUCACGGAUUCUCUGUUUGGCUUGUUUUUGUUACAACUUUGAGUGUUUAUCCAGCUAUAACAGUUUUGAUAACUUCUGUCAAUCGUGGACAUCAUCAUGCGUGGAAUGACAUUUACUUCUUACCGGUUUUAAAUUACUUACUUUUCAAUGCUGGCGAUUACAUUGGAAGAAUCUUAUCUGGAUGGAUUAAAAGACCGAAAAACAAACCAAAGCUCGUUGCUUUCUUAACAGUGUUGAGAGUUGGCUUUGUGCCAGCAUUUCUACUUUGCAACAUAACACAAAAGCAUCCGCUUCCCGUUCUUAUUUAUUCUGAUGAAGUUUUCAUCUUACUUAUGACAUUUUUUGCUAUUUCAAACGGUUACAUCGCCAACAUCAGCUUGAUUUAUGCUCCCACUGUGGUCGAAGAGCAUGAAAAAGAGAUGACGUCAUCGAUGAUGGCUGCAUUCAUGGGAAUUGGACUUACAUUUGGUUCUGCCAUAAGUUUUGUUCUCAUACAAUUUGUGUCUUAAGCCAUUCAACUGAGCUUUACACUUUCAAACCAUGGACCAAGUCAUGUUUAUAAACUUUUUUUUUGAUAUUUUAUUUUAUUGUUUGCAAUACGUCACUUUUUCGUAUUAGCAAGUAAAAGUACAGGGAUGUGUAGGAAAUGUCCAUAAGUUGUUAACCAUUGACGAGAAUUUUUAUUUCUUAUCAGGAAAUCGACAAAACUUAAAAAAAGACGUGAUUUAAUUUCCGUACAGACCCAGUUAAGUAAUCUUAUAAAUUGUGAUAAUUUGACUGACUUCAACUUUGUUCUUGUGGUAAUAAUUUAAAGCUUAAACAAUCCUUUUUCUUCAAUAAAUGUCAAUCGGAAGCUUUCCGAUAAAAUAUCGAUCAGAAUUUUCUUUCCACUUACCACAAGAAGGAAAUUAAUCGAACAAUUUCAUAAUCCAAAAUCAUGCUUAGAUCUGUGAAUGAAAUCAAAAUAUAAGAAAUAUCAAAACGUAGUUGAAAAUUUACGUAGUAAUAUCGCUAAUGUAGAAACAAAUUAUACAAAUAUCUGAAUAAAGUGUAACUAUUUGUUGAACAUAUUUAUCAAAUCAAAUGAAAUUCAAACGAAAAAUUUCUAAGGCUUAUCACUUCACAGAAUGCAUUGUCAUUGUAAAUAUUGAAUAAUCAAAGACGAUGAAUGAAAUCGAGAAGUUUAUUUUGUGUGUGAUAUGUGAGAAGAAUACAAAAAAGUUUUUUAUUUUGUUUUGACGUUCAGGUAGCAAAUGAUGGAGAAGAAAAGUUUACAG